CCGCACUUCCGCCUCGGUGUCAGCGGUUGCCGGGCUGGGGGGGUGUUGCGGCGGGGCCGUCGCGGGAGCGCGGUGUCAGAUCAUCUAAGGGAGCUGCCUGUUUGCACAAGAAGACUUUGACAGCACACAGAUAACUUUCCCUCUAAAUCAAGUCCAACAAUGCAUUAGAGGAAGCUGGAUUGGCUGCACAGAGAUCUCACACUGAAGGAUGAAUAGUGAAGAAGAGUUUUAUGAUGCCGUUACGGGCUUUGAUUCUGACAAUUCUUCAGGAGACUUUUCAGAAGCAAAUCAUAAAGUUGCAGAAAUGCUGGAUCUAGAUCCACACCAAAGCAAUAGGACUGGGAAGCGUAAUGGAGAGACAGAGAUUCAAGAAAAUGGAAUUAAAAGACACAGGACAUCAUUACCUGCCCCAAUGUUUUCUAGAAGUGAUUUUAGUGUGUGGAGCAUAUUAAAAAAAUGCAUUGGACUGGAGCUGUCUAAGAUUACAAUGCCAAUUGUCUUCAAUGAGCCAUUGAGUUUUCUUCAAAGGAUAACAGAAUAUAUGGAACACAUAUACCUCAUUAAUAAGGCUUGUAGCCAUGCAGACCCCCUGGAAAGAAUGCAGGCUGUAGCUGCUUUUGCAGUUUCUGCUGUAGCUUCUCAGUGGGAGAGAACUGGCAAGCCAUUUAACCCACUGUUAGGAGAAACCUAUGAAUUAACCAGGGAGGAUUUAGGAUUUAGGUUUAUAUCUGAACAAGUCAGCCACCACCCACCUAUUAGUGCAUUUUAUUCUGAAGGCCUCAAUAAAGACUUUAUUUUUCAUGGAUCUAUCUAUCCCAAACUAAAAUUCUGGGGAAAGAGUAUAGAAGCAGAGCCUCGGGGAACAAUUACUUUGGAGCUUCUGAAACAUAAUGAAGCUUACACAUGGACAAAUCCAACCUGUUGUGUACAUAAUGUAAUUAUUGGUAAACUGUGGUUAGAGCAAUAUGGAACAGUAGAAAUUGUAAAUCACAGUACUGGAGAUAAAUGUGUCCUUAAUUUUAAACCAUGUGGCCUGUUUGGGAAAGAGCUUCACAGAGUAGAGGGAUACAUUCAAGACAAAAACAGAAAGAAGCUGUGUGUGAUCUAUGGCAAGUGGACAGAAUGCUUGUGGGGCACAGAUCCCACCACGUAUGAGACUUACAAAAAGAGUGAGAAGAGAGGUGGUGAGCAGAAGAAACCAAAAGCGAGUGAAGAUGUUAUUAAAUCUGAAAAUGAUGAGGCUGAUGAUAUGCCAGAGGUUCAAGACACAGUGCAGUACAUACCAGGCAGUAAAUUGCUUUGGAGAAUAAACUGUAGGCCACCAAACUCAUCACAGAUGUACAAUUUCACCAGUUUUGCUGUGAGCCUCAAUGAGCUGGAAGAGGGCAUGGAAGCAAUGUUGGCUCCCACUGACUGUCGGCUACGUCCAGAUAUCAGGAAUAUGGAGAAUGGAAACAUGGAUGUGGCUACAAAAGAAAAAGAGAGAUUAGAGGAGAAACAAAGAGCUGCUCGCAAGGAGCGUGCAAAGGAUGAAGUGGAGUGGCACACACGGUGGUUUCAUCAAGGCACUAACCCAUACACUGGGACUUCAGAUUGGCUGUACUCAGGUGGCUAUUUUGAUAGAAAUUUCUCAGACUGUCCAGACAUAUACUGAAGUUCCAGAACCAAUCGCUCAUCUCAUCUGGACAUCUAGUCACUAGAUUUCAUUCCAAGCCAGUUCCUCUGGUUUUGUUGAUAGCAAAACCCAGCUUUUCUAAGUAAAUUUUAACAAAAAAUUCUGUUGGUCAACAAUCAAGGAUUUAAUUGUCACUAAUGUUGGAUUGCCAAAUAUUUAAGUACUGUUGCGUUCUUUCCACAAAGCUGCACCUGAAAUCAUCAUGUUUUCACUAAUUUUCAAAGGGACCUUUGGUUCUUCAUUUUUUUUUUUUUUCCCCUAGUUGCUUUGUCAGGAAGAUACCCUGUAUCUGGUAGAGCACAUAACAUCCUCGAAAAACUAGGUAACUUCAAUAAAAUAGAGAUAAUAUCCUUGUUACUUAGUACCAUAGUGAAGAACCUGAAGUCUUUGGAACUGGGAGCAGGGAUGGAAAGCUAAGAUGGUAUCAACAGGAUCAAAUCUAGUGCUGUCACCACUCCUGGUGGAGAGAUGGAUGUGGACCCUCUAUAUGGUAUGUAGCACCACGUGGGGACUGGAGCUCCUGACCCCCCCUUUUCUCAGUAAAAUUCAAUAAUUCAGAGACUGGGGGGAAGCAAAACCCAAGCUGAGCUUCUCAACCUGUAGUUGUCUGUUACAGAGUCUUCACAACUUCUGGACACUGUGAGCAUUAAACUGUAUACCUGUGAUGAUUAAAACUGCAGAAAGUGUACAUGAGGAGGAGGGAAAGGCACCUUAAAAAGUGGCUUUCCUGGAGUCAAAUGCUGUUCUGAAAAUAGGAGAAGCUUUGGAAGCAGUUCUAGGAAUGUAGAGGUGGUUACAAUGUAAAAUAUAUUGCUUGCUACCACUCCGAGGCUUAAAUCUUCUGCACUACCUUUGGCAGCUUUGGCACUGUGUAUGCUUCUAGACUCAACUUUUAUUUGGAAGCACUUUGGUAUGUGUAUCCACACAGGCUCAUGUUUUGGGGAAGUUUUGGUUUGCAUGGUUUUCAUUAUUAGGUCACGUCUGUUUUGUAUGUUGUGAAAAAGCUGAAUCAAUUUAAAGCUUUGGCAGAGUUAUGUCUAUUACAAGUUUUCUGUCAGCACACGAUGUCAAAAAGUGGGAUUUUUUUUGUUUUUAAUUCCAUAUGAACCCAUCAAAGCCAUAUAAUACUGGAAAUAAUCUAUUACUGAACUGAUACAUCUGUUUUCUUUCCAGUGGUACACUCCAGAGGGAAAGGAGGGACAGAGACCUGAAAAAUUAGGUCCAGUAAUUAAAACUAAUCCUUAUGUUGCUGCUUCUUUUAUGAAGGGUUUUAAUUGAGUAACUAGCCAGAAAUAUUGAGUGGCUUCACUGCUGUUUAUAGUAAUUCAGAAAUUCCUGGUGUUAAGCACCAGCAGCUUGAAUUCAUGGAAAAACUGGUCUGGUUGGUGUCCAAAACAUCUGUGGUUUCAUCCACAGAGUAGAUCUUUGAAGUGCUUCUCUCCAAGCCACAGAAUUAAAAAGCAAAAACAUUUUAUAUCAAAUCAUGCAUCUACUAAUUGGAUUAAUGUAAAAUUUUUGAGAGGUUUAGUUGUCUUCAUUGGAAAAAUAAGAGAAACUGUAAACUUCAAGGCAGGGCCUGAUGUGAAAUGUGUUUAUGGCAAUUUUAUUGCUAGAAAUGGGACCUUGUGCUGCUGCAGGGCUGUAGGAGACCCCCAAGCCAGGCUUAGCCCAAGGUGCAGACACUCAGGCUGUUUGUUCCUACUAAGAGUGACUUCCUAAAGGACCUUGCUGAUCCCUACAGGACAGCAUAAAAAUACUUUUAUGAAAAAAAUGAACUGUAUUGACUGUGCCAGGCACUGUAAUCCCCCUUCCAAACUCGCUGCAAGCAGCACAGGGAACCCUUAGUGAGGUGAGGAUUGAAAGGAUGCACCUAUUAAAUGAGUUUAAUGUCCCAUGGGAGUUUAAAACUUGCUUAAAUUAAAUAGUAUGUUUAAUGCUGGAGUAGUGUUUUUAAACCAAUACAUAUAAAUAAACAUUGCCUGGGUGGAAAAAACGUGGAGUAAUUGCUAAAAAAUACUCUGUUUAGGGGAAGUCUGGGUUAGCAUCCCUUUCACCUAAACUCUGAUUUAAAUUCCAACACCUAAACCCCUGCCACUGUGCAAAGCAUGAAGAAAUUCCAACAAUUUAUUUAAUCCAAACUUCAGCAGAGGAUCUUCAUGAGAUUUAAAAAGAAGCUGAGAAGAUAAGAACGCUUCACUGGUUAUGUCUUUACCCCCUUCUCCUCUUCCUAUGGUAUAACAUUUUAAGUAAAAUCUCAGAUUAGUUCCAAAUACUAUUAUUUUUUUUUAAUUAAUUGUUCUUCAUUGACAACAUUUACAAAGUCCUUUCCCCUCACUGCUGACACCUCUGUGCUUGGCUUAGCCGUGGGACUUCUGAUGCUCUGAAAGUUUUAUUUUCAAUGCAGCUCUCACCUCCAGUAGUUUACGUGUCAAAACAUUUAAUAACUUUGCACCUUUUGAAAGAACAAUGUCACUUUUAUAACUUGAUUAUUAAACACUGUAUAUAAGAUAACUGUUAGUAUAUGUUAAUACAGCUCUGUAGAGAAACCGUCUAGAAAGAAAUUAUAAUAAAUUCUGCAUACCCUUUGGGCCUCUA